AUGUGGGUCGAGCAAUAUCUCACCGUGAAGUCUCGGGUCUCAACCACAUACACAACCUCAAUCAACAACGACAGCCACGCGACAGCCAUGCGUUUCAAUGGCAUAGCUUCGCUGCUUGUAGCGCUUCCAUUCGCUCUUGGGGCAGUGCCGCAACCUCCGUUUACCAACACUACCACGUUACCUACCCAUUUCGGUCUACUGGUGUUCGACCACUUCCAGGCUCUCGAUGUAUUCGGACCCAUGGACAUCUUCAACAACCUUGCCAUGUUCUAUAAAAACACUACCACCAUGUACCUUUCCGUCCUCAGCAAAACCAUGGCGCCUCCCACAACUGGCAUGAAGAUGGCUGGUAGCAUGGAGCAAAAGAUCGUGCCAACGGUAACAUUUCAGGAGUACCUAAGAGGAGGGAAGGAGCCCAAAGACCGCGACGAUGGCCCUAGUGAUCAUGCUAUCACUAAACGCGCAAUGCGCUUGGGCGCUCGUCACGAAGGCCAUGAUUCAAUGGCCACCAACAACAUGACCGCCACGGACCCGGGCGAGAUUGAAGUCCUCAUCAUCCCUGGUGGCGGCGGUACACGCAACAACAUGACGGAAGAAAUCGCUUUUGUCAAGGCCAUGUAUCCUAAGCUCAAAUACAUCCUCACAAUCUGCACUGGCGCCACCAUCGCUUCUCGAGCCGGCAUCCUCGAUGGCAGGAACGCAACCACCAACAAGCGCUCAUGGACCUGGGCAGUCGCUCAAGGUCCCAACGUCACCUGGGCCCCUACCGCUCGUUGGGUAGAGGAUGGCAACAUCUUCACAUCUUCAGGUGUCUCUGCGGGUAUCGACGCUGCCUAUGCCUUCAUCAGCCGCCUCUAUGGAGAGCCAGUCGCAAACUACCUUGCGCAAUCCGCCGAGUACAACCGCGUCACUGAUGCUCACAACGAUCCUUUCGGCAAGAUUUGGGACGUGCCGGGCGCUACCUAA